AGUUGUAACGUAAACUCCAAACAGGUAACAAGCGGAAAACCCCAAAAACACUGAAUGAAUAAAGCGAAGUUUCAUCUGAAAGCGCUUGAGCUGCUGCGGGUUGGGAUGCGGCGGCAAAACUUUUCACAUGAACCAACAGAUCACAAGCCAGUGAGCUGGAGAAUCACAUGCAGAUGGGAACCACAAUGAAGCUUGAGCAGCGGCAGCUGAAGUUUGACGCGAGCGCCCCAGCUUCCGUAGAGAAAUCAAAAGUCAAAGCCAAGAGCCGAAAAGAAGUCAAGAAGUGGAGCAGGUUUUUACGCGUGACCAACAAAAUUUCGCGCAUAAUUAACUGAUAUGCGCAACGCUUGUAUAUAUUUUUUUUACGAUUUUCGAUAAAUUCUCGGAAACUACAUUUGAUUUGGCUGGUGACAAAAGAAAGAGAGGGGCGUAAAAUAAAAGAGAAAAAAGUGCAAAAAUAAAAUCAAAUUGGGAGUAAAUAAUGAACGUAAAACCCCAAGCGAUUUCUAGGUGCUGCGCAAUGCCUCAAUGCGGGUGAGAGCGAGUGAGCGAGCGCCAAAAAGCACCGUCAGCUUGGAGCCUAAUGUGGCUCCCCAACGGCGCUUAUCAACUAGCUGUGCUGAAGGAGAGAGAGAGAGAGCGCGCCUACGACCUUAUAGGUGGCGAGCGCAUUGCGAAGCUUUAUCGUGCCGUUUCUGAUGAAAUUCAAUGGAAACGCCGUCAAUGCUGAGAGCGCUAGUAUAAAAGCGACCGCACUGGCGUUUCAGAGCAUUCAUUGUGAAAUUACAAAUCAAAAUUGAAGCAAGUCAAAAGAGCGCUUGAACGGAAUAAAUUGCAUACGCGUCUACUAGCCAAGUGAAAGCAAAGCAAAACAGAAUUUCAUAACAAAUCGUGUUAAAGCAAAAACAAAACACACACAGACAUUUUUACAAAGUGAAAUUUGCGGUGAAAAAGCAAAAAAAAAAAGCAUAUCAAAAGUGAUAACACACCCCAACAAAUACAAAAAGAGGGUCAAUUAAAAGAACUAAUACCAGAUAAAGCAAAGCUAAAAACAACAAAAACAAAGCAAGUGCUUAAGAACACUAACAACAAAAACAAAGCAAGAACUCAAAAGCAACAAGUGUCCUCCAAAGUGCAAACAUUGUCAAAGUCAAAGCAAAUCGCGUGCGUCUAUAAAACGCCAAUCUUAAGCAACCACAGCAAGCAAGUAAAGUCGCCAGCGAGCGACACAACUUCAAGCCGAAGCGCCAACAAAAGCGUGAAAAUUCCGCCAUACGCACAGCAACACAUCUACUCUUCAUACAAAAUGGUUGUGGACGAAUCGCAUAUCCAGCAUUUCAACAACAGUCAAGUCAUGAGCAACAUCAACCUCGAACAGCAGCUUGAGAGUCUCAGCGAAAAGAAGCAGCAAAUCACCAAACAAAUGGAUUACACAAAAAUCGGACGCACCGUCAAGUCCGCCUUGCUGAAGGCGCAAGCCGAGUCGCGUGUCAUUGUGGGACUUAGCGCCGCCAUACAAGUGCUCUCCAAAUCACCGGAGGGUUCACUCUUCUGUCUCAUGGCCGUGCCACAAGUCGGCGACUCCGCCACACACAUGCACGAGGUGCUGCUGGAAGCCUUCUGUUACGAGAAUGACAUUUAUGUGAUCAAAGUCGAUUGCCCCACCAAGUUGAGCCGCAUUCUUGGCAAAACUGUGCUCGAAUCUUGUUGUCUGGUGCAGAAGUCUUGGACCGGCGCCGAUGAGUCCGGCGAGGAACAACUCAACAAGCAAGAGGAGCAAUUAGUCGAUUACUGCGAGGCAUACUGGGAUGCACCACAACAUCCCAUUGUCGAAUUGCCAGUCGUGUGAAUGUGUGGACGUACAGUGUCGAAUAUAUUUUAACUGAGAAGCAAUUUAAUUGCAUAACUUCUCAUAUGGUGAAAUUUUGAAAACAAACAAAAUUCAAUUUUGGCUUAAAAACACAACGAGCGUGUCUGAUGUCUGGAACAUAACGCCGACAUUGCGACGUUCGAAAAUCAAGUGAAGAAAGAAGGUGAAACCGAGUGAACAAAGAAAUCAAAAACGAAUUUUUAAAACUGGAUUGUUGCGACAGACGAAACGAAGUUGCAGUUCGAGGAAUGCGUUGUCGACGUCAUCGCAUGCAAAUUUUGUAUAAUAAACGAAAUACACUAACAACGCAUUCGAGGUCUGGCAACCGCCUGUGGCAUUCCAGUCAUAUUAACGAAAUAAUAAAAGUAUUAGAAAUUAAUGGCGAUUAAUUUCGACAAACCAACAAACAAACGACACACACACACACACAUUGUACGCCCCCAGCAGCUGGCAGCAGCAGUAACAACAACAAUAGCCAUCAUAUAAAUCGCAGCCGUCAGCAGCAAGUGACCUUCGCGCCGCCGACGCCGCCGCCAACAAUGCAACGCCGGAUUUCGUACGCGGCACGCACCUAAGCCCGACUCGGGCGUUCAGUCAAUGUGUGCGUGUGCGUGUGCGUGUGCGGCGCGUGCGUUGAGGAAGUCAGAUUAAGAUCAACAGUCACAAUAACAACACCACCAGCAACAGCAGUGAUGGCGGCAACUAAACGGCUUUGUUGCUAAUUAUAUUUUAUAGUCUUAAUAAAACAAACUGUCUAGCUCAAGUAAGAUUAGCAAAAAAACAAAAUAUAUCCAUUGUAACGCUGAAUAGGUUAUUAAUUGAUAGCAAAAUAUGAGCGAAAUAGCAAAAAUGCGUUAUGCAAACUCAUAAUUUACACUGUGCGCAAAAAGUGCAUAUACAAAUAUGUAUGUACAUAUAUGUACUUAAAAAGUUUAAAAAGUUUCAUAAAAUGAAAGAUGUUGACCUUAGUGCAGCUGAAGCUGAUACUGAAACUGAAACUGAGUAAUUGUUUUAAAUUAUUUCCAGCAGUCAGUUGUUUAAGAAGAAAGGCGCGAGAAAUUCUUUGUGAAAUUUGUUAAAUAGUUAGCAGUUGCUUAGUAACAAAUUGUAUUUUAUACUAAAAUAAUUGGUUAGCAGUCAUAACACUUUAAAAUGUUUAUUAAUUAUUUGUUAUGUUAGCUUUUUGUUGCAUGCUAGAAAUGAUUUGGCAUAGUUAUAAUACCGUUAUAUGUUAAAGAAUGUAUUAAUGUGUCCAAAGCAACAAAUGCAUUUAACUUUAAGUUGAAAAAAAUGAAAGAAAAAAUAAAAACAAAAAACCAGAAAAGAAAAUGAAGUAUAGCAAAUUUAUCGCAAGAGACAAAAUCAAGCAUUAUAAAUAAAUAAAACAAAUUUUUAUACAAAAAAAAUAU